UGCAUCAAGUUAAAGUUAAUAAUUUAAUUUUUUUUUUCCAGGAUUGAUAAUUGCUACAGAUGUAUUGUAAUGCACAAAAGGCACAACAACGUUCUCCAAUAUAAAGAAACUUAUUGCAUGACCAGCGGGGACCUGCCUACCCUCUGCAACGAGAUCACCGGAGACGCCACCUUGCUCUCCAUGUUCCGGGUUGACGCGGCCGGUGUGACAUGCCCGUUCAAGUCUCCUCCGUUCUCCGUGGUGUACAGCAAGGGUCACGGGGACUGCGGCUUCCCCGCCUCCACGGCCGAAGCUUGUACCGACGACACCCGACUCGUCUUCAGGUUCCAGGCCUGUCCGGACAUCCACGGAACUGAAGCUGCAGUUGAAGAGCUGGAAUGCUUGGCAACCUGGCGAGAAGGCACCUACCACUAUUUGGUUGGUAGACUGCACCAUAAGAUGGCCACCGUUGACGAAGAGCGGUACCGCUGCUUUUUGUACCAUAAGGUUGAUCAUAUCUACCAGGUUGCUCAGAGUGGGGAGGCAACUUGCAGUGGACUUCUCACACCUAAUGAGGGAUCAAGGAACAUGAAACUGUCUCGAAUUGAAGGGCAACAUACGAAGUGCAAGUUCCCAGUUUGGGUUACCAAUCAUUAUCACUGGCGAAGUCUCGACUACAGCCACAGCUUCCAUUUCUCACAUCGCAAUGCCAGCUUAAAGAUAUCGUCGCGUGGAGGUGUAACUGAGACGAAACUUGUCUGUCAUAAUGUGGAAGUUGAAAAUGCUAAGAUGGCUCGAAUUGUAGUGCAUGUUGUUUCUGGAUGUGAUGGAGGUUACAAGUGUAUGACUAUUCAUAAGAGAGAUAAUAACGUUAUUCAGAUGCAACAGUCUGGUAUGCACAACAACGCUGAAGAAGCCUGCCUCUCUACCAAUUAUGAAUCUAGUUCAUCAGCGAACACUAUUACUAUGAUAACUGGUACGUUGCCAACUGUGAAGUGCCCCCUGGAAGGUAGAUAUGCCCCGACCAAGAUCGAGCCUGAAACAACUGCUGAAUGUACACAACAAACUAAUCUUCAACUUCUUCUAAUGGGCUGUUCUCCUAGCCAAGACAUCAUGGAAUUCGAAUCGACCUGUAAAGCCAUACCUAAGACAUCCUACUCGUGCCAUGGAAGUUGGAAAGAAAAUAGCACUACUUACGUUGUCGGUUCUCCAGUGAGUAGACAUUCUACAGAUGCAAGACAUUACUGCUUUAUAUUGAGUCAUUCUUCUGGCGGCAUGACAGUGGAAAGAGUUGCAGAAACCUGUGCUAUUACUUCUAGACCAACAGAAUUCACAUUUAAUGUGACUGAAAUAGGUAAGUGCUCCGAAACCAGUAGCGGAGAAAGGAACACAUUUAUUCCCGCUAUUGCUGCCGUCGCUUUGCUUGUAUGCCUCUAUCAGGCUCAUCGGUGAUGAUAUCUAUUAUCCGCUUAGUUAUUAUAUAGAUUCAGGGUUUUGAUUGGUUUUUUUAUCUUCACUGUUCUGUUGCUUUUACAAAUUAUCUACUUGGUUUAGAAGUUUGCUUUAUACAUAUAUGAAUAUAUAUAUGCAUACAAACAUACAUGUAUAUAUAUACAUAUUGUAUAAAAUUUUAAUGAAAAAAAAAGAUUCAUAACCAUUGACCACAUUGGUGUUAGUUUCUGUGUAAUCGUAUUUUCUCCAGUUAUAGAAAUUAUCUUAAAUGACCAAGUUAUUUAAAAAGAAGAAGAAUUGUUUGAUUUAAAUUUAUUUAAUUUACAUUUAUGAUAAAAUUGAAUUCAUAGUAUAUUAUAAUUGAUUAUAAACUGAACAGAUAUUUUAAAAAUAAGAAUGAUAAGUAUUUAUAGAAAAAAAAAGAAAAAAAAUAUGUAAAGAUGUUUAUUUCAUUUAAAUAAAGUAAUAUAGAUGUUAUUUUUUUAAAUUUUAUUGUUAAUAAGACACCUUUAUCUCGGCAUCUAUUCACCAAACGAUAGGGGAAUUGUCCGAACUUUUAAGGAGUGAAUACUUUAUUCGCUGUUUCUUUUAGCUAUUUCAUUGUGUGAAUUGUAUCUUAACCUUUAAGGAACACUUAUAUAUACAUAUGUACGUAGUGUGUAUAUACACAUUCAAAAAAAUGACAUUGAUAUAAAUACAAUUGUGAUUAAGGUUGGAUAAUGCUUUCAUUGUAAAAAGUGACGGAGUGUAAGUGCUAUUACAAAGUUAGUACAAUUGAGUAAUUUCGGCAUCAGGUGUUGUAGUUUAAUAACACCUUAUUAUUAAGAGACAUUAAUUAAUUAAUACUAUUUUUUUUUUUUUUUUUAAACAAAAACCACAUUAGGACCGAAAAAUGUAUCAUAUGGACAGAAAUUGAACUCUGUUCUUAUAUUUUAAAUUUAUAUCCGACGUUUUAAUGGAACUAUUUUUAAUGUGUAUUAUAUUUGUCUAUACAAAUUUAUAUAAUAUAUCUGAUAGCUUUAGUAUUUUUGAUGGUGAAAGGGAUGUUAAAAAAUAAAUAUAUAAAAAUAUUAAAAAAAAAAAAUUAAAUCAGGUAAAAUUUUAUGUAACUUUAUUCCUACUCAGAAAAAUUGAUAAUUUUCUAAAAAUAUAGAUUAUUAAACAAAAAAAAAAAAACACAAGAAGUCCAAUAGAAGCAUUCCAUGAAUGCUGCUUUUAGAGCAUUGGUCUUACCAGUUAUCCUAUUCCUAUAAUGAUGAUUGUAUAUAAUUAAAUAAUUAAAUUUAUCUGACCAAUUUAAUAAAUUAAUAAACUUAUUCUUUCAAGGAAAAGUAAGUACAUAUCUGUUUCGUUAACAUAUUUAUUUUUUUUUUUUUUUCUUAACCCGUAAAAGUUCAUUUCAAUGUUAUUUUUGCCUUCAACUAAUUUUACUUGAUUUUUCUAAAUUUACCAUUCUAAUUUAAUUGAUUUGUUUAUUGUUCUAAAGAUAUUUAUCAUUUUUAAUACUUUUAUAUUAAUUAUUUAAAUUUAACAAACAGAUAUAUUUUAUUGCUUACUUUUUAAAAAUAUGUUUUUUUAAGAAAUUGCUAGGCUAUCAGUAUCGGUCGAUCACGGUUCGUUAGUAGGAAUUCGAUAACUGUGUCUUAAAUUCUUCUUUUUGAUAUAUCAGGUAUGCAUUUAUCAAGAGAAUAUUCAUAAAAUUAUUUCCAGCAUUACAAACACGUCUGUUACAUGUUUAUAAUUGAAAAAUGUUAUAUAUAAAGUAAUUUUUCGCUCAAGACUAUUAAAACUUAUUGUUUUUUUAAAUAUUGUUUCAUAUAAAUAUAUAUAUGUACGUUAUUAAAAUCUCAGUGUCUUCUUUUUUCUUGGUGUUAGCUAGGAAUGAACAUUCCAUUCAUGUUUUUUAAUGCUAUCAGUCGCUGUAUUUAGAUAUAUAACGAUCUCAUAUCUUGAAAAUUGUUUAUUGUUCAAUGCUUACAAAAUUUCAACCUUAGAUUCAUAGAAUAAUUUACAUAACAUAAUGGGACUCAUUUAAAAAAAAUAAUAAUAAUAAAAUGAUACCAUAUUCAUUUACAAUGUGUAAUUUAUAUAAUACUAGCAGAUCACAUACGAGUGAAUUAACAAAAAUGUUAUACGUCUCGUUAUGUUUUGUAAUAUCAUAUACCUUAUUGAAUCUAGCGAUCAUAUAUUAUAAGAAAGAGUAAUUGUUUAUAAGGAACAUAAAAAAUGUUCCUCAAACCAGCUUUCUAAUUUAUGAUGCCAGUUAUUCUAUAUGUCUUAAUAUUGGCUUAUGUUUCUCAUCAACAUAAGUUUUAUGUUUAUAUAUAUUAGUGUGGUAUUCAUUUGAUAAUAAAUUUUAAAUCAUUGAAUUUCUCUGUUAAAUGUUUAAUAAAAGUAAUUAUGGAUUUUUAGAAUUAUGUGUAUUGUACUCAUUGUUAUUACUGCAUUGAAUUUUCCUACAGUCAACAAAAAAAAAAAAAAAAAACCUAACUUAGCCAGUUUGCAAGGCUUUUAUGAAUAAGGUGCUAUAUUUCUAUCAAACUUAUUAAUAUUAAUUAUUAUUCAUUAAGCGGCUGAAACUGUUAGCAUUUUAAUCCUAUCUUUAGAUGGCAUUGUCAAAUGGAUGCUACAUUUUUUUUUUUUUUUUUAUUUUACUACGGUUAGAUGUAAUGUUACAAAUAAAUAAAUAAUUUUUAGAAUUUUGAUUCUAACCUAGCAAGCCAAAAAAAGUGUCCAAGGCUUCCGUCCGCUUGGUUUUACUUUCUGUAAAUGAUUCGUAAUCAAGAACACUUUUUUUUCUAUUUGUCACUUUUUCAAAUUAUCAAGUAAUAUCUCUGACUUCGGUUACAAACAUAUUUCUAAGUGUAAAGUCUUGUACUGAAAGAAUCAAGCAAAAGCUAUGAGAAACAAUAAUACAUUGUAACAUCAAAACUAAUUUCUAACUAAUCUAUUAUCUUAAAUUCUGCAAACUGGUCUCAAAGUCUCCAGUUUCAUUUAUUUUAAUUUUAUAAUCUUAAAUGCAUUAUUCUUGUCAUAUUUUCCUUAAGUAAAAUCUUUUAAAUGAGCUAGAAGAGUAAAAUAAAAUUCAUUACUUCUAAAAUAAAGAGUUUCUACUAUCCACAUCUUUUUUAAGUUUUACUCUUCUUUAGAAUGUGAAAAAUAUUAUAUUUUACUCCUGAUGUACAUAAUUAUGUGUUUUAAAUAAUAAUAAUAAAGAACUCAGUUUGUGACCUUUAAAUUAUCAAUUCCACUUUUGUCUGUCUUACUAACUUCUGUUAUUUUAAUUUUUUUUAUUUUUCAAGUAAACUUUUAGCAAAAAUUUAUGCAUGUGUGAACUUAAAUCUUAAAUGAAGCAAAUAUCCUUGUGCUUAAUAGUAAAUAACAUAAGAUCCUCGUGACUCAUUAUUUACAAUAUCUUAAAUUUAGGUUAGAAUCAUUAAUUCUAUUCAUCUGUAAAUUUUUUCAAAUUAUUCGUUAAAUAUUUGAUGUUCGAUAAGUGUUAAAUGUUUUUUUUUUUUAAUAUAUUGGUGUAUUCACUUCACUUAUACCAUAUUAUUAUGAAUUUAUUAUUAUAAAUCUAAUUGUACUCUAGUUUUCUUCUUUUUUUUUUUUUAUAAUAUAAAAUUAUUUCUCUAUUUCCUCCUGAAUUUCUUAAAAGUUUAAUAUUUUGAGAAUGAGGUUUUUUGGUCUUUAACCAAUGAGAGUUUAUUUUUGUAAAUAGCGUAAGAAAGGGAGAAAGUACUGUUUUAAAUAAUAAUAAUCUUUAUCGUAUUGGUUGUAAUAAAAUAACUCAUCACAGGGUGCCACUGAUUCUUUAAUUUUAAUUAUUUUAAUUUUAUUAUUUUUAUUGAUAUAGCACUUAAUAUUGAAGCUUUCUGUGUUAUUAUGUAAGGCUGUAAAUAAAUUGCAGCUAAGUUUGCUUAAUUUUGUGUUUAUAUAAAUGUAAUUAAGGUGAUAAAAUGCUUUAAUUUGUAAAUUAUCGAAAUGUAAAAAUUGUAAUAAGUUUUUGGAUUUAAUUUAAUUUUUUUUUUCUUUCUUUUUCAUUUAUUGUAAGCUUGUACAGCCAUUUCAAUGAAAAGAAAAUAUCACAAUUUUUAGCUAG